UUCCAAACAAACUCCAAACGGAAACAACAAAAGUGUGGUUUGGUUUUUUAAAACCGGAAAUGAGAAAGUUGCUUUGGAAAAUCCAAACUGGGAAAACCUCUGUUUUUGUGCUACUCACCCACUGAGUCACCAACUCGUUAUUAGGCCAAGUUGGUGUCUUUUUUUUUUUUUAUAAGCCUUCAAAAAGUAAAAACCAUUGUUUUUGUCAAAAAAGCUGAGAAAGUUGCAAAAUGCAAAGAAUAUUGAGAGAGUGAUGGUGAACUAGAUCUGAAAGUUCAAGUAACUAUAGCUCAAAGGUUUCAUCUUUCAAUCAAAGGGUCAUUCAUCAAAUGCUUUAAGGCUUUGGUUUUGGUUUUGAUUUUCUGGGUGUCAGAAAAUGCCUUCUCCUUCAUUUCACAAGCUUGUUCUACCCUCCACUCUCCAAGCUAAACAACUGAGGCUUCCAGAUGAUUUUAUGAGGAAAUAUGGUGGUGAUAUUUCUCCAACUGUUACUCUCACAGUUCCUGAUGGCAGUGUGUGGCGUGUAAUAAUGAAAAAGGUAGACAACAAAUUUUGGUUCCUUGACGGCUGGAAUGAAUUUGUUCAAAACUAUUCCAUUAGUACUGGAUACUUGUUGGUAUUCAAAUAUGAAGGAAAGUCGCAUUUCACUGUUAAUAUUUUUAGUCUGCCUACUUCUGAGAUUAACUAUCAAUCACCCGCACAAAGAAGUAAUGAAGCGUCUCUCUUUGGAAAACGUCUUACUAUUUUCGAAGAAAUGGAAGAUGAAGAUUCUGUUGAAAUCAUGGAAUCGUCGCCUACGAAGCUUACUCCUAGCCUAUUGCAAAACAAAGCAGUUUCCGGGUCAGCUGAUAAACUUACUCCUGGCAAGUCUCGUCCGCCUCCAGCACUGCAGAAUCUGUUUAAUGGAUCUAAACUUAAUAGCAUAAACUGGGGUGAAGGUGGGAAUACUCCUUCCAGAAAUGACAAUUCGGUAGACAACCAGUUGACCAGAGAUAUAGGUCUCCAGUUUAAUGUAGUUGAGUUUAAAAAGUCUAAUGAAGAGUUGAAGUUGCGCGCGGCUACUGAUGAAAAGGUUAAGAAAACUGCUGUAAAGAAGAGGAAAUCAGAUGUCCAGGAACCUCCUUCUGAACAUGAAGAUGAGGUAGAAAUGCGCAAUAGGUUUUAUGAAAGUGCAUCCGCAAGGAAAAGAACUGCAACAGCUGAAGAAAGAGAGAAGGCCAUCAAUGCAGCAAAAACAUUUGAACCAUCUAAUCCUUUCUGUCGGGUUGUCCUACGACCCUCCUAUUUAUACAGGGGGUGCAUAAUGUAUCUACCAUCUUGCUUUGCAGAGAAGAACUUGAAUGGCGUUUCAGGAAUUAUUAAACUUCAAAUCUCUGAUGGGAGACAGUGGCCAGUUCGCUGCCUUUAUAGAGGUGGUAGAGCUAAGUUAAGCCAGGGGUGGUUUGAGUUUUCGCUGGAGAACAAUUUAGGGGAAGGCGAUGUGUGUGUGUUUGAGCUGGUUGCAACAAAGGAGGUAGUGCUGCAGGUUACUGUAUUUCGUAUUACAGAGGAUGAAGGACCGUUGAGCCCACAGCCUUUGCAGCAGAACCAACAUGUGAACCCGGUGAAACUGGUAAACGUUCCGUUUCAGCAUCACCUUGCUUCAACUAAACUGAUUAGAAAUUAACUUUGUUUCCGAUAGGUCGUAGCUCAACUUUAUUAAGAACCAGUAUCCCUUUUCUUGUGAGUGUGAUUAGCUCUUUCAUCUAAUUUCUUCAAGUGGAUUUUAGAUGCUUUUGAUGUCCAACAUUUCAAGAUGAUGACUUCAGUGUGUAACAUAAUUUUUAGCUUGCCGCUGUUUUAACUUGGUCUGUAAAUAGUUUGUUUAAUCUAGCUUAUAUCAGAAACUUGGUCGUUGCGUAUUAUCUCAUAUCUCUUU